AUGAAAGAAGACAUUGGUGCCAAAAUGUUCAGAAUGGCUCUGGUAUUUUUGGCUCUCUCAGUGACUGAGUGCAGAGCUGAAAAUGACUUGUCAUCUGUUACUUUGCCAAAAUUGAGUUCUACUUCAGGAAACCAGUGUGACUCUAACACGGAGUUGUGGACAGAUGACUCGACGCGCUGCCUCUGUUAUUCUGGCGAGCUCUACUGCUUCCCCUCCAAGUGCCCUCAAAAUGAAAUGUGUGGACCUCAAAGAAAGGAGUCCAAUGUGAUUUCCACUUCAGGGGAUUGCACUAUACAUGACUCGCUCUACACCACUUUUGAUGGCGUAGAUUUCCACUUUGCGUCACCCUGCGCUUAUGUGCUGGCCAAGUCUUGCUUGUCCACUGAAGUCCUGCCCAGGUUCAAUGUACAGGUGGUCCAUGUGCAAAAUGACAAUGAAUCUCUGUCAACAGUUCAAAAGCUCUCCGUGGACAUUAACGAUAUCAAUGUGUCUUUGCUGAAAAGUCAGACACACUGGGUUGUGGUUAAUGGUGUCUCAAAGCAGCUUCCAGUCAUUCUUGGUAAUGGUACAAUUCAGAUCAGGAGUAAUCCUGCUGCUGUACUGCUGGCAACUACUUUUGGUGUGUCAGUUUCCUUUGACAGUGCUGGAAAUGUCCAAAUCACUGUGCCCUUUGCUUACUCUAAUAAAACCUGUGGCUUGUGUGGCAACUUUAAUGGCCAACGUGGAGAUGACUUUCGCAAGCCUGAUGGUACAAAUGCAGAAAAUCCCUCUGCUUUUGCUGAAAGCUGGCAGACUGAGAGAAAUGCCUCCUGUGAAAAUAUUCUGAAGCCUCAACAUUGUGACCCAUUGGAAGAAGCAAAGUAUGGUAGUGAGUUGUACUGUGGACUCCUGCAGUCUGGCACAGGACCCUUUGCUGAUUGUCUAUUAGAUCUUGGGGUUAAAGGCUACUUCAGAGCUUGUGUUUCUGGCAUGUGUUCUGCACAUGGUGAUCAAACCGUACUUUGUAAAACCUUCCAAGGCUUCACAGAGAUCUGCCAAGAGUCUGGAACUGCUGUAUCCUUAUGGAGGAACUCUACAUUCUGUCCCCUUGAGUGCAAUGAGAACAGCCAUUACAACUCGUGUGCUGUUGAGUGUCCUGAAGUGUGCGCUAGUCAAGAUUUAACUAGCUCCUGUGGAAAUUGUGUUGAAAGAUGUGUGUGCAACUCUGGCUUCAAGCUCAGUGGGGGCAGGUGUGUCCCAAUGGAUGACUGUGGAUGCUGGUAUAAUGGGAAACACUAUGAGAAAGGUGAAACGUUUGUAACAGGAAAUUGUGAGAAACGGUGCCAAUGCAUGGGUAAUGAUAUCAUGCAAUGCACUGCUAUGCAAUGCAGAAAUGAUCAAGUUUGUAAAGAAAAGGAUGGCAUCAAAGACUGCUUCGCUUUCAAACCUGCUACUUGCAGUGUUUAUGGUGACCCACAUUAUAUCACCUUUGACAGUUCAACCUAUCACUUUCAAGGAGGUUGCAGCUAUAUACUGACUACAACAUGUGGUGAACAAAGCUUUGUGAAGUUCACUGUAAUUGGAUUUAACAUGCAUCCUGAAACUCAAAACUUCACUAGAUCCAAGCUCGAGGCCGUUUCUCUUCAGGUGGAGAAUUUGUUCCUCAUCCUGAAUCAGAGUAAAGAAGUCUAUGUGCAUGAUGGCUAUGUCACACUCCCCUAUUCAGCCACCGGUACAUAUGGCUCAGUGUGGGUCUACAAGAGAGAAAAUCUUAUUAUUUUGGAAACUACAUUUGGCUUGAAAAUGAUGAUCGAUGGACACAGCAGACUGUUCCUGCAAGUGGAUGAGCAAUAUAAAUAUGAACUCUGUGGGCUGUGUGGCACCUAUUCCGAAUACCAGUAUGAUGAUUUUCUCAUGCCAGGGGGCCAAAUCGCUGACGAAUCAUUCGAAUUUGCUGACAGUUGGAGAGAGGAUGAGGGGUGUGUUGCCCUACCAAACAAUCCUAAAGAAUGUGGUGGUGAUGAAUUGGAUGAGGCCAACGAUGCAUGUUCAUCAGUGUUUCUAAGUGCCUUUGAUGCCUGCCAUGAACAUGUUCACCCAAGCAUCUACUUUGAAAGCUGUGUAUAUGACUAUUGUGCCACAACUGGUGACAGAACAACGGUGUGUGAAUCUUUAAAAUCGUAUGCGACCGCAUGCCAGAUUGCAGGGGUGGAACUUCCUGACUGGUGGAAUGGCACAGCUUGUGAACACCAUCCAACUACAAGAGCCCCAGCAACUCUUUCUACCACUCUAGAUGCGCCUUUUUGUCCUCUCAACUGUAAUUUUGACACAACUAUUUGUGAAUGGAAGCAACUCGUUCAAGACAGCUUUGAUUGGACCAGACACUCUGGGCCUACACCAUCAAAUCUAACUGGACCAAACCAUGAUCACACCACUGGAGCUGGUUUUUACCUGUACAUUGAGGGAGAUGGUGUAACCCAUGGAGACUCGGCUCGCCUGUUGAGUUCAGUGUGCCAUUAUGAUGGCCCACUCUGCUUGCACUUCUGGUACUAUAUGUAUGGUUCUGCCUCAAGUAUGGCUCUCAACAUCUACCUACUCCAAAACCAUACAGCGACAAAAAUCUGGUCCAUGAGUAACAACCAGGGACCAGAAUGGCAUCUGGGAAAUGUUGAUCUUAAAGUCUCCAAUUCUUUCCAAAUUAUUCUCGAGGGAAUCCGAGGGUCUACAGCCCAAUCGGAUGUGGCACUUGAUGACAUUUCUAUCAGUUUGGGCUCAUGUUUGGCUCAGAAGGUUCCAACUACCACAGCAGCGCCCCGGCCACCAGUGGUCAAUGAGACGACCACUGCCAUGCCUCAGCCACCAGUGGUCAAUGAGACGAUGACCACCACCGUAGUGCCCCAGCCACCAGUGGUCAAUGAGACAACAACCACUGCCAUGCCCCAACCACCAGUGCCACCAGUGGUCAAUGAGACGACGACCACUACUGUCAUGCCCCAACCACCAGUGGUCAAUGAGACGAUGACCACCACUGCAGCGCCCCGGCCACCAGUGGUCAAUGAGACAAUGACCACCACUGCAGCGCCCCAGCCACCAGUGGUCAAUGAGACAACAACCACUGUCAUGCCCCAACCACCAGUGGUCAAUGAGACGAUGACCACCACUGCAGUGCCCCGGCCACCAGUGGUCAAUGAGACAACAACCACUGUCAUGCCCCAACCACCAGUGGUCAAUGAGACGAUGACGACCACUGCCGUGCCCCAGGCCCAAGCACCUUCUUGCGCUAAAAAUAGCCAUUACACCACUUGCAUGCCUGCAUGCAGCCCAACCUGUAGCCACCUGGAUGGUCCGCCACAGUGCAAAGUCAAAAGCUGUACUGCUGGUUGUGUAUGUGACAAUGGCUUUGUAAAGAAAGGAAGGGUGUGUGUACCUCUAAAAGAGUGUGGCUGCUUGGACAAUGGCACUGUCCAUCACUUCAAUGAUAUGUGGUACACCAAUCACUGUGCCAAAAAAUGUGAAUGUGACAAAGAUGAUGGGAAGGGAAAAGUUUACUGUGAUGAAGAAGGUUGUGACGACAAAGAUGUUUGCAUUCCAAAUCUGAUGGGCCAGUAUUAUUGCACAUCUACAGGUUUCAGUGAGUGCAAACUUGGGGGUGACUCAAAGUACAAGACAUUUGAUGAUAUGAAGCACAACUUUGAAGGGAAACAUCUCUAUGUGCUGGUCCAGACCAAAAAUUUGCCAAGUAACCUUCCUGAAAUUUACAUAGAAGGCUCCAAUGUAUGCAACAAUGGAAAAAGCAAUGAGGAAGAAGGCAGUGAGGAAGAAGGCAGUAGUGACAAUGAAGACAGUGAAAGCAAUGAAGAUGUGCCAAAAAGAUUGGAGCUUAAAAUUAAGGUGUACAAUAUCGCUGUGGAACUAAAGCCAAAGCUCAAGGUGUUUGUGAAUAGACAAGAAGCUGAAACUCCAGUCUCGCCUGUUCCCGGCCUGAACAUCUAUGAACGACAUUCCCACAUCUACCUGAAGACCGACUUUGGCCUUACAGUGGAGUUCAGUGGGCAUUGCAAAGCAGUAAUCAUUCUUCCAAACUUGUAUAAAAGGAGAGUGAAGGGCUUGUGUGGAAACUUUGAUGGCCAAAAAUCAAAUGACAAGGUCAAAUCAAAUGGCAGUAUGGCACAGAACACUAAAGAGUUUGGAGAAAGCUGGCAAGUUUGA